AUGUCCAAGUUUAAGUCGGUUCUGGCGAUUGCAUUGCUUCUUGUGAUUCAUUUCAUGAAUUUUGCUGAUUUUUUAAAAAUUAAAUUCAUCAAAGUUGAAUGUGAAGAGUUUGAUAAAUCGUUUGCAAGUUUCAAGAAAUGCUAUUUAAAAGCUCUGGCCAGAGAUGUCAUCGCCUUGCAUCUCCAUGUACAACUUCAUGAAUUACCCAUCAAUAAUAUAACGACCAACGCUCAGUUAUUUCAAAAAGGCAAUGGCUAUCGUCCCUUUCUGUACAACACCACCAUGAACUUGUGUGAAUUUUUCAAGCAUCCCAAACGUUUUAUGUUUUGGAAAAUUAUUUAUGACAACUUUAAGCCCUACUCCAAUGUAAAUCAUACUUGUCCUUAUGAUCAUGAUAUUAUCAUCGAUAACAUAACCCUGAAUGCGGAGAUGAUGCGCUUGGUUCCAUUUCCUGAAAAUGAUUAUAUGAUACAAUUGCAAUUUGCUGCCUAUAAUGUUUAUCGGGCAAAAGUUAAAGUCUAUGCCAGGAUUUUCUAA